AUGUUAGUUUGUAGAAAGCAAUAGCUUAGUCGACUGGUAGCUAACCCUAUCUGUGAGCUGAUCUAAGCUCUGCCUACACAUAAUGCUAACUUCCCGGAAUUCAAGGCACUCCUCGUCGGUCAAUCCAAAGUCGCGUCUAACUCGCAAUACGAGGCAGCCAUGCUUUACGUUAAAGCGUCCGCUGGUCUUUCAGGUGCGUAAAUCGCUGGUGGAGUAUGUGGACGAAGAGCUGCUGAGUAUGGAUACAUCGGUUUUUUAUCAGCGCAUCUUCAUACUGGCCAAGAAUGUGGAUCCGAAACGUGAGAGCAUUCGGCCGCCUGCGGCAUUGGAGAGUCGGGGAAGCACUGAAACGGUUCGCUCGGCUGUGGAUGGAGACACAGCCACGUUGCGCACCGCCGAGGCUAUAAUGGCUGAUGAUGAACCACAUUACUCUCAGCAAACCACGCCCGAAGGCUCAGAGGCAAAGGAACCCCUCGAUCAGCCAACAGAGCGAUUGACAGUUAAAAUCAUGGCUCAAUUGGAUCCGGAUAUGGAAACAGUGACGCGCACAUUUCGAUUUGACGAAGAGGAAGAUGUACCAGUGGAGGCAGAGGUAGAGGAGCAAGCGCCCGAGCCAGAGGGGCCUGAGCAUCCCAAGGACAGGUUCACGCUGUUCACAGAGAUGCUGCAGGAGCUGCACAAAAAAUGCCGUAAUCUCUCCUAUACGCCCGAUCCCAUGUGCGGUCUAGUUGUCUACAUGAACGAAUACACCAUGCUGAUGCUGGAGAGCGGUGAGGACAUGAUGGGCAUCUUUUGCCGUGAACUGUUGGAGUGCGUGCAUGAGUACUGGCAAAGUAAUCGCGUCUUUCUAAUUGAGGAUCACAUCAAAGAGCUCUACACCAAGGAACUGUUGUUCAGACGCAUACCUGCUGCCUUUCUCAAUGAGAAGUUUCCGCCAUCAACGCCCACGGAUGAAUAUCUGAUGGGGAAGCAGCAUUUGAUCAUUAAGGAGAAAUUGACUACUAUUUGCACUCUGAUAAGCGAAAGCAUCGAUCCGUGUCGCACGACAAACGUGUCACAGCAAGGUUCGACUGUCCUAACUGACAUGUCCGUGGCAACCGAUAUCUCUGAGUUGGAUGGUGGUGAAAGUGAUGGGGAGCCAAGCAUGCAUCCCAGUCGUUCCAGCCGUUCCAGCCGUUCCAGUCGUUCCCUUAAUCAAGAGCAACGCUUGACUGGGGCUAUUUCGCAGACAUUGCCGGCGGAGAUUUUCCGGAAGUUGCUGCCGGAAAUCCAACGUAUUGAACUGGUGCUGUCCUCUACGCGUUUCUACUACACGCUCGAAGAAUUCUACGCGCUGUAUGGCAAGGUGCCAUUCGGACGUGACCACGAUGGCCUCUUCUGGCCCAUACAGAAUAACUACGCGCCGCCGAACAUCUUCCGGCGCACACCAUUCGAUAUCAACUUGACCUUUGCGGAAUAUGCGGCCGAAAUGAAACAACGCCUGCAGGAGGAGCUGGAGAAAAAUAAGGCCGAGCUGGAGGCAGCUGCUGCGGCUGAGGCGAGUGCCGCGGCAGAGUCUCAGCCACAGGCACGGGGUCAGCAGAAACACAAAGAGGAGGAGCCAAACGAUUGAUAAAAUCGACAGCAUAUACGCAAUUUGUUUUUGUUCAGUUCGUUUUAGUUCGUGGUUGCAAGUAAUUGCGCUCAGUGUAGACACAUCAUUGGAUAUUAUCAACAUGACUCGUUGUCGCUCUUAUCUACCAAAACUCGCGUUCGGUUACAAUGUUUUCGCUCCUGUGCACAUGACUGCAUUCAAUGGGAAGGCGGUGGCUCAGCCGCGGCUCGACUGUGGCUGUGGCGGCUUACUUGUUUUGGCUUGCCACUUGAAUGGCUCGACUCUGUUAACAUAAACAUAAAUUUGUGCACAUCCUUAAGAAGACAAACAACACACACACAGACACAUUAAUACACAUGUGCUGUGGGCUUGGGCUCUUAACAUAAACCGCAACAGACGCCAGCUGUCACUUCUAAUACCGUUAGCUUGCAGCUGUCAAAAGCUGUUGCUGUCAUUUUAAGUCACUUGACAGUCCAAAAGGCAAAUAUUCCAGCACACACGCACACUCGCAUUCACAUCAGAUAAGCAGCCCACAUGCACAUAAUUAUAGCUGCUCAAGAUUUGGUUUUACAGCAUUCAAGUGUAAGGCUUAAAAUUCACAACUCGUUUUGGCAUAAAUAAUAUUCAAAUUAUAUGUAUGGGAUUAGUUUUAGUUUUGUGGCUGCAAAUGUAAUAAAGCUUAGAAUGGAGCGGAAAA